GUGGCCUGCUCAGUACCUCCGUGCAGCACUGACUGCAGAGGAUGAGCUCAGCUGACUGUCUGCCGGUUAUUAUGUCCCCGAACGGGCGCCGCCAACACCCAAACACUGUGCGGCAAAACAGGCGAGUGGCGCUCAGCUCAGCAUCGUCUUUAAUGAAUGAUUGCGCAGGAAGAAACAUGAGUCACGAAUGAGGUCUGCACGAUGUCUUUUAAGAAGGAAACACCCCUGGCUAAUGCUGUGUUUUGGGCAGCGAGGAAGGGGAACUUGGCUCUGCUUCAACUGCUACUUAACAGCGGUCGUGUGGACGCUGACUGCAGAGACAGUGUACGAACACUGCAUGUCCUGGCUGCUCAGCUGCACACUUUAACCAUAACCCACCUGUGGUAGGGAGACAGAGUACGGAACAACAGCGCUGAUGGUGGCAUCCUACAGCGGCCAUUAUGAGUGUGUCAAAGAACUCAUCAUGCAAGGAGCUGACAUCAACUACCAGAGAGAGACAGGUUCGACUGCCCUGUUCUUUGCCUCCCAGCAGGGACACCAUGACGUUGUGAAGCUCCUCUUUGAAUUCGGUGCCUCCACUGAAUUCCAGACAAAGGACGGUGGCACAGCUCUCACCGUUGCCUCUCAGUAUGGACACUCCAAGGUGGUGGACACCCUACUGAAGAAUGGAGCCAAUGUUCAUGACCAGUUGAAUGAUGGUGCCACCUCUCUGUUCCUCGCUGCCCAGGAGGGUCAUGUGACUGUGAUUCGUCAGCUGCUGGUGUCUGGUGCCAAGGUUAACCAAGCGAGGGAGGAUGGCACUGCCCCCCUGUGGAUGGCAGCUCAGAUGGGUCACAGUGAGGUGGUGAAGGUGCUACUCCUGCGUGGUGCAGACCGGGAUGCUGACAGACAAGAUGGUUCAACAGCGUUAUUUAAAGCGGCUUUAAAGGGACACAGCAGCGUCAUCGAGGAGCUCCUCAAGUUCUCUCCGUCGCUUGGCCUUCUCAAGAAUGGCUCCACUGCCCUUCAUGCUGCUGUUAUGGGUGGAAAUCUGCAAAGUGUUCUCCUGCUGCUCGGGGCCCAUGCAGACCCCACACUACCCAACAAGAAUAAUGAACUCCCUGCAGAUCUUACAAAGAGCGAUCGCAUCCUAAAACUUUUACGUCCAAAAAUCUUUAACGGAGACAGCUGAUGAAAACCCAGACUCCUGCCUUCAUGCCUGCCUGUAUCACACUGAUGUGUGGAGAAAAUAAAGCAACAACACAGUGUCAAAUCUACUCAAACACAACAUGUACUGUACAUGGUGCUUGCUUCUGAUUGCUGUCAUAUGUUGAAUAAACCUGGACUAAACACUGAGCAACACAAUGUGCAACCAAAAUACAUUUGUCUGCCACAUGCAUCAUCCCCUUUAUGCUGGUGUUCUACUGUAUAUGCAUCUAUUUUUGUUUACCCCCAGGUGUUGUAAGAUUUCUAGAUAUUUUGCACACUAUUUAUUUGCCUUUUUAAUAAAUGUAAUAAAGUGUAAAUUUGUUAAUUAA